CUAAAUAAUGCGCAGAACAGUUUUACUGCAUUUGUCUCUCAUCACUUUGCUCUUCCUUUUCCAGGCACUAGGGAUAGUCUUAUUUUUGAAAGGAUACCUCCUAACAAGAGUCGUAAUUCCUCAAGACAGUCCAGUGUGUUUUAACUGUUCUCCUCGAUACUUUCAAAGUGUAGUAUGGAUACUAGUAGAUGCACUCAGGCAUGACUUUGUCUUACAUAAUUCAUCACUGGGUUUUAAAGAUGACAGACCAUUUUACAUUAAUCAAAUGAGGAACAUUCAACAUUUUUUGGCUCAUAAACCAAGACACACGAAGUUGUAUCGUUUUAUUGCGGACCCACCUACAACAACUAUGCAGCGACUAAAGGCACUGACGACAGGCACUCUACCAACUUUUAUAGACAUUGGAAGUAAUUUUAAUAGUUACCAAAUACAGGAAGACAAUAUUAUCAGACAAUCCAAGAGAAACGGUCUUAAGGUGACAUUUUUGGGUGAUGACACUUGGAUGAGCAUGUACCCUGAUAUGUUUUAUGAAUCUUAUCCAUUUCCUUCUCUUAAUGUUAAAGAUUUGGACACCGUUGAUAAAGGAGUGUAUGCAAAUAUCAUACCAGUCCUUAAAAGGAAUGAUUCUGAUUUUAUUAUUGGUCAUUUCCUUGGAGUGGAUCACUGUGGGCAUACUUAUGGACCCAAUAAUCACAUCAUGAGAGAUAAAUUGAUAUAUAUAGAUGAUGUCAUAAGAUCAAUAUUUGAAUUGGUAAACAACAAUACCAUUGUUUUUGUGUUUGGUGAUCAUGGUAUGACUUCAACUGGGGAUCAUGGGGGACAAACACUUCUAGAAACUGAAGCAGCUCUAGUAGUUUACUCCAAAAGGCCACUUUUUGAUGCCAAACAGGACUAUGGCCAAACAGUGUACCAAACUGAUCUAGUACCUACAGUGUCUCUUCUGCUUGGCUUGCCCAUACCUUUCUCAAAUCUUGGUAUGAUCAUUCCUGAAUUAUUCAUUCCAGUAUUAGAACACAUUUCACCAUAUCAAUCUAAAAUGCAUCUCAUAAAUUCUUUACGAACUAAUUCACAGCAGUUACAUGCUUUUAUCAAGGCACAGAAUCGUUUCAGCAAUGAUAUUCCUCAUCAUGAAGUAUUAAAACUUCAAAAUGAGUAUAGUAUUUUAGAAAAAAUGUACACUAGUAUCAGCAGCACAAAUGAGUUAUCUGAUUUUAAGACAAUUGAAAAUCAGUAUAUUAAUUAUAUGGCAAAAGUACGUGAGAUCUGUUUAUCAGUUUGGACCAAGUUUGAUACUAAUAAAAUGAAUGCUGGAGUUAUAGUCCUUAUUUUACAUGUUAUAUUAUUACUAACUAUUUUAUUCUUCAUGACCAAACUUUCUUUCAGCCUUAUCUUAGCUAAAGUGAAAUUGCUAGAUGCUGUAUCAGUCAUCACAGUAGCAUUUCAUUCUGUCUCUCUUUUUUCAAACAGUUUUGUUGUCUAUGAAGGGAAGAUGGUCACAUUCUUAAUGCAGUCAUUUAUGGCAGCUCUAAUAGUGACUAAAUUUCGUGAAGAAGUUUUACAAUUAAUCCUUAAUCAUCGAAAUCUAAAAUGGAAUGUAUUUAUAAUACAAUUGUACAAAAAUGUCGAGCCAUGUUUUAAGAUCAUGGUGUGUGUACAUAUUUCAAGAUAUUCUCAUGUCUGUAGGGAUCAGCAAGAUGACUGUACUGUGUUGGAGUUCUUUAGUAAACCUGAUGCUCCAUUUUCUAGUGGUAACUACUUGAUAGCAAUUUCAAGUAUUUUACAGUCAAUUUUCUCGUACUUGAUAUUUGUUUUGGCAAUAGUAUAUGUGCUGAAGCUUAUUAAGAGUGUGUUUCAACCAUUUGUAUUUGAAAAGCAUGCUCAGAAGCUGAUUGUGUACUCUUUAGUUGUUGCCCUCUGUGGCAUAUUCUCAGAAAUAUUAUCUGUUUUCAUGUACUGGAUUUAUGUGGCUGGAGUAAUUAUUUUAAUCUUUUCAAUGGUGAAGCUUUCUGUCAAUCAAUACAGGAAGAAUGAGGCAAAGAAAAAUUUUAGCAUAACAUUAGAUUCUUACUCAUGGAUUUUGCUACUAAUUUGGAUUUCUGUCAGUUUCAUUGUUAAAGGGAUGAACAACAUGCUUCUAAUUCCCCUCUCUAUCAGCUUGAUCCAGUUUAUCCUACUGACACAAAUUUUGAGCAAAAUGCAUACAAUUAGCUCAUUGUCAAGAGCCACUCUUUGCUCACUUCUUAGCUACCAGUUUUUCUUCAGUUUUGGUCACCAAGCAACUAUAACAAGCCUUCAUUUUGAUGCCGCUUUUGUCGGGGUAUAUGGUGAAAUGACUCCUCUCAAGCUACCAAUAGCUGGUUUAUUUGUCACAAUCAAUACACUGGCAUCACAGGUUUUAUCAGCUUUAGUAGUCCCUUUAUUACUACCUUGUCAAACUUGGCUUAAAAAUGGAAAAGUGGUACUUUCAACAAUGCAUCAAAUGCAACUGAUUUGCACACUGUUAGGAACUGUGAAGCUCCUUUGCUCUGUUGUCGCUGCUUUUGCACUGAGACGUCACCUCAUGGUAUGGGCAGUAUUUGGACCUCGUUUCAUGUAUGAAGCUGCAUUUCAGUUUAUUUUCAUUGUAACAACAGUGUCAAGUUACUUACUAGUAUUGUUAUUAUGAAAUUUACUUAGAUUUAAA